UGAGCAGUGUAAAAGCCGGUCAGAAAGAUCUCUUGUGUUUAAUUUGUGAAUGGAGAACAGAAUAACCUUUAAUAUGGCUUCAAAAGAGCAUUUGUCCGACAUUGCAAUACCCAACUCGCUAAGUAAACAACUCGGGAUGAACACCGCUUGGAUAUCGGAUCAGCAAUUUGCGUGCUUUGCCUUCAACAAUGUAAAACGCAACCGUGCCCCGUCGCAAAGCCCGUUUCCCGUAGACAUUAACCUUGUCGGAGCUGAUUUUAUUUUCGAAGAACCUACGAUACGUUCCAUGAUGACCGAAUGUAGUCGCAUAUUUUAUGAAGUACAGCGUUUGCGUUACGGUUUGGUUGAAGGUAGUACCAAAUCGAUUGACUUUGUAAAAAUUUCCCAGAGAUAUCGUUCGAGCGUGCGAAAAGCUUUGGAUAAAAUGAAUAUGCUUGUCACGGAAAACGCCGAUACUACACCUGUUCCAGAGGGCUACCGAAACCUAAUAAGUUUGUUUUACUCUAUCGAGUGUACUUGGCAUUUACUGGAAUUUCUCGUCAUCGAUAGUAAUUCCUCUGGUGCGAUCGUUUUACCGCUACUCGAGUGGAUUCGCUUUCAUUUUCCUGGUCCGGAGCGUACGGCAACCGAAAUGCUGCAGAGCGGUAGGGAAGUUGACAACCAAGAAAACUACUGGGCUGUUGUGAAAGGAUUGAUACUACAAGGGCAAACAACUAUCGCACGUGCUCUGCUACGUGUGCAUACCAGCUCAGAGACUCACUGUUUCCAGGUUGCCGAGCAAUUACUCCAGUCCAUACCUAUCUACAGUGUGUACAGUGGUCUUUCGGUGCACCGCUACAAAACGCAAUGGCAAUGCUGGUGCGACAAUGUACGUUCGCUAAUUGCUGCUGGAAACUUUGGAGCAGAACCGAAUCUGGAGGAGCUUCUGCGUCUCAUUAGCGGCGAUCGUAAAGCAUGGACGAAUCAAUUUUCAUCUGCUUCUUGCUGGUACGAGUAUUUUCCUGGAUACUUGCUUUAUACUGACUCUAGCUGCAAAUACUAUCAGCUCGGGCAGUAUGCCAAUGAUUGGAUCACUCUUUUCAUUGAACGUCCGAAGCCUUCCGCUGCACCCGGAAUCUUCGGUGAUCGUCAGUUCAAGUUCCUAGACAAAUUGAUACUGUCCGUGAUGGAGAACAAUCUUGUUGAUGUGCUGCAGCAAGUUCAAAUGUUUCCAGACAAUCGCUGGUUUGCGGUUCAUAUCGUCGAUUUGCUUUACCAUGCUGGAUUGCUAGAGACUGGAGCCGGUGUUGCGAAUGAGAAACAGGCAUUGGGGGACGAUUUCUCUGACGGUCAGCUGGUUCGAGAAUCGUUACUGUAUGACUUCGGAUGUUUGCUCAUGUCGCAUAGUUCGUUUUGGCAGUUAGGGAUGGAUUAUUUGGAGUUUUCAUCUUCGGAAGGAUUAGGUGCCCGGGAAUGUCUGCUGGCCCGGGUUCCUUUUCGCACUGCCCGUCAAGCGGCACGAAUAAUAGCUGUAGCACGCCAGAACAAUUAUCCGGAAGUAGUGAUGGAAGUAUGCAAAGUAUUAACCAAGCGCAGUCUCGCUGUUAAGAACUACAGUGGUGCGCUGGACUGGGCGAUUCAAUCUCGGGACAGCUCUUACGUACGUGACGUUGCAAACAUAUUCCUGGAGCACUACUGUAAUAACGGGGAGCUCUUGUGCGAGAAGCAUAUUGCUCACCUCGGCUCGAAAGUAUUUGUUUCAUCACGGCUGGUUUUUCUCAAAAAGUACUACGACUUCCGUAAGUUCUACCGCGAGCAAGCGUAUUCGAAUGCUGCAGAACUGCUGGUUAGCUUGAUGGACUCCAAAAUUAUGCCCUCAUAUUUUUGGCCAUGUCUCAUGUCUGAUGCCAUACCGCUACUAGAGUUCAAGGAACCGAUCAUUCCAUCUAAAGAGACACUUACCAUCCUCGAACACCUGCAGAUGGAUCUCGUUCCGAUGUUGGAACAACGUCGUUUGGAGUCGCAACAAAAUGAUGCCAGUAACAAUUGUCGUGAAAAACAAAUGACUGAACCUUCAGGAAACAAUCAUGAUAGUGAAGAAUUGAUGGAAAAUCAUGACCAAACUGCAUUGAUACCAAAAUUUGCUUCCAAUCUGCUGAACAACUGCACCGAGGAUCUAAUCAAAAUGCUGCGGUUGGCGUGUGCCAGAAAUCUUUCGCGCGCCCUGAUAAUUGAGAACACUGUCAACACUUAA